AUGGCAGGUGACGGUGUUGUCGUCGAAGAUGAACCCAUGGAAACUGAUUAUGAGAUUUUACCGUCCACAAGCAACAAUAAUGUGAAAAUCAAGGAAAAAUAUGGUAAAUUUGGAAAUUUACCAUGGAUUGAAAAAUAUCGGCCUCAAAUCUUUUCCGAUAUUGUUGGUAAUGAGGAUACUGUAUCAAGAUUAUCUGUUUUUGCUCAGCAUGGAAAUACUCCAAAUAUUAUCAUCGCUGGCCCACCUGGAGUGGGUAAAACUACCACGAUUUUAUGUUUGGCUCGUACUUUAUUGGGACCAGCAUUCAAAGAAGCUGUACUUGAACUAAAUGCUUCGAAUGAGAGAGGAAUAGAUGUAGUUAGAAAUAAAAUAAAAAUGUUUGCUCAGAAAAAGGUGAAUCUUCCAAAAGGAAAACAUAAAAUCAUUAUUUUAGAUGAGGCUGACAGUAUGACUGAUGGUGCGCAACAAGCGUUACGUCGAACAAUGGAAAUUUACAGCCACACAACUAGAUUUGCUCUAGCGUGCAACAAUACAGAGGAGAUUAUUGAACCUAUACAAUCAAGAUGUGCUAUGUUAAGAUAUGGAAAGUUAACGGAUGCUGAAGUCUUAGCCAAAGUUCUUGAAGUUUGCGAAAAAGAAAAUGUUUCUUAUACAGAUGACGGCAUGGAAGCAAUAAUAUUUACAGCUCAAGGUGAUAUGAGGCAAGCUCUAAAUAAUUUGCAAUCUACAUAUAAUGGAUUUAAUCAUGUAAAUGCAGAAAAUGUAUUUAAAGUCUGUGAUGAACCUCAUCCUUUGAUUGUCAAAGAUAUGUUAGAUGAUUGCAUAAAGGGAGAUGUUUCUAAAGCAUGCUCGGUAAUGGAUCAUUUCUGGAAAAUGGGUUAUUCUGCGGAAGACAUAGUUAGUAACGUAUUUAAAGUUUGUAAAAAUCAUACUAUGGAUGAGAGAUUAAAAUUGAAAUUUGUUAAGGAAAUUGGAAUAACACAUAUGGGAGUAGUAGAAGGUAUUAACAGUUUAUUACAGUUACAUGCUCUGGUGGCAAGACUUUGUCGCGCAUGUAUGUCGAAAUAA